AUGAGUUCCAACAUAGGAACCUCCAUUGGGGGAGCGUUCAUUAAUUGGUUUUCGAAGGACGUUAUGCCGAAGUUUGCGGCAGCGGUCGACUUAACGAUACUUCUCGUAAGUAUUAUCCUCAACAUAUUACUGAUAGUCAUGUUCAAAAAGAAACGUUUGCUCCUGGAUCCUGCCAAUAGACUCGUGUUCCAGUUGAUUAUUGUCGAUAUCCUGGCAUGGCUGUUCAUUCUCAUCCCCGGCGCGGUGGUUGCCUUAAGGGGACAAUGGGACCUCACCAUGCCCGUAUGUUACGCACAGGCCAUCCUAGUGAACUGGAUAUACCUGGUUAUGUUCGGGUUUAUCAUCACGUUGUUCAUAGAGAGGACAGUCUUAGUGAAGAAUCCGAAACUACACGGAAAAGUGUUUGGAAAAGUUUCUAAAGUUACCGUAGUUUCACUUCUAAUAUGGGGAGUCGAUCUGGGAAUCGCUGCCAUUCCUAUGUCCGGAUGGAGUCCUAUAGACUACGACUUCUAUCAUGGAAGUUGUAUUGUCUAUCAUGAAUCAAACAUUUAUUAUGUGAUUAUAUUGUUUAUGUCCGGGAUAGGAGCUGCCAUUUUGUCUGGUGUCAUCUGCAUUCCGAUCAUUUUAAAAUCACGCAAGGCAAAAAUCCACAAGGAAAAUACAGAAGCAGCUAAAAUAGAGGCAGAGCUCCGCCGUAAGAGACGACUGGAAGCCAUCGCAGAGGAGAAAAAAGAAAUGGAAGCCGAAAACAUCAAUCUGGAAAAGAAAUCGGAGAAAUCAAAACUGUCGGCUCCUGUUGCAAAACACGGAUGGACAGACAGUAAGCAACCAUCUGGAAAAGCAGACAAAAAACCGAAGAACAAGCAGAUGAAAAACAGAAAACGACGUGCUAGAACGCCGAAACGGAGAGACAAGCGUCUACUUGAAGACGAUUACGAGGAUCCCGAUUUCCACCUGACAGUCACGUACAUGAUCAUGGGGGUUGUUCUAUUGCUGCUGUGGUUGCCCUACUUCAUUGUCCUGUUUAGACACGCGGGGGUCAACGACUCAGAAUUCUGGAGGGGCUACUACUCCGUCACGGUCAUUGUCGCCCUCUUCAGUUUCUGUAUAAAGCCGAUUAUAUAUCUGUCCCAUAAUAGGCAUAUGCAAGAGAAAACAAAGAAUACGUUGCCAGAAAAUGUUGUCGAAAGAGCAUCGGCGCUUCGGAUGUCUUUCAGUGACGUUGUUGACAAGCUGGAUAAAAUAGUGUUUAAAUCCCCAAGGUCUCAGCCGUCCAUCCAAACGACAGUCAAAGCCCACUCAAUAGCCAUGAAAUGGAUGAAGAAAGGGAAAGGAGAAUUAGUCAAACCAGAGGUCAAUGUUGUAUCAGACAGUACCAAUGAUACCAACGACCCUGACAAAUCAAAACUGUUGACCCAUGGUGACAAAACGGUAAAAAGUGAAAUGCUAAACAAUUCUAAAGUGAAUUCAUCUAAAUCGCCUGUACCAGCAGCUGUGUCACCGAAUGUGGCUACAGUAACCUCACUAACACCACAUGUUAACCAGGGAAUGGACACUGCCACGGAGAACGUGGAAUCAACAUUGGUCGAUAUAGAGGAGAACGAACAGGUAACAGAAAGCGAUCCAGUGAUUCAUUCACGAUCGCCAGAAUAUAUAACACGAAUGUGA